AUGCCACCACCCACCAUCUUGAUCUUCGCCCUCGUUGGCGUCGCCACACUCUCGCUCUACAAUCUCCUCGCACCCUCCAACUUUAGCUAUAGGCACUUCAUCUCCGGCAUGCCUUCGACACAAGUUCAGUGGUCGUCGCCGUACUCGGGGUACCUCGCAAGAGCAGGGGCUCUUCCGGAGUUUGAGCCAACCCGCUCUGCUCUCAAGCUUGCGGUCCUUCGCAACGCUCCUGCUGACCCGGAGGGUUUCACAUUGGCCUUCUUCGCCCCUGGCGUUGCCGUCGACGCCAAAGGAUCUGCCUAUACACUCAAGAAGGAUGAUUACGAGGGCAUUCUCUCGCUCGCGGAGAGCGUGAAGAGUCUACCCAAGACCGGUGGAUUCAGGAAUCAGUGGCGGGUAAAGCAGGAUAGAACCAGCCAACCCAUCGAGCGCAUCCUGUCGCCCAAGUCCAUCUUGGCGACUUCACCAUUACCCGACGGUUACGAGGCAGAGUAUGUGGAGACCAGUGUAUACGGAUUCGACAAGACGCACAGGCUGCUCAAGGAGCCUGUUGAGGGAUAUACGGAGCUGCCGGAGGAUUUGUGGGAGCUGACGGGUCUCGGUUUGGAGGCGAGGGAAACGUCGGGAGAAAGGAACGAGCUGGUGCUGGAGGAGGUUAGGGCUGUUCUUGGAGAUGUAUUCUAG